UUGGCCGGCGGGGCGGGAGCCCACAGCCGCGGAGGGACUAGCCGGGCCCGGCCGAUAUGUCGGCGCCACCGGCCGUCCAGAUCCGCGAGGCCAAUGCGCACCUUGCGGCGCUGCACGGGCGCGUGGCGGAGCUGGAGCGGCGGCUGGGCGCGGCCGAGCGCACGGUGCGCGGGCAGGCGGAGAGUCUCAUCCGCAAGGACGGCGAGCUGCGCGCGGCGCUGCGGGAGCUGGGGGCUGCCAAGGACAGAGAAAUUACUGCUCUGCAGCAGAAGCUGCUCUCAUCUGAGGAGACAAUUCAGAAGCUGUUGAAUGUUAUCCAGAAAAAAGAUGACUUAAUUGUACAGCUGAAGCACAGGAGUCAUCUUCUGACUAAAAUCUGCAGAAACCGACCCAUCCUGGACAAUCUUCUGUCUUACAUGGCAGAAGGGGAACAGUUAAGUACCCUUCCAGGGACCCAAAGUGAUUCCAGUUCUCCGGUUCAUGACGAGUUCCAGGAGUCAAACUGCAUCACCAACCAGAUAUCAAAGCACAAGGACUUCUCUCUCAGUGAAGAUGACCUGGAAGAUCAGGAAUUGGAUACGAGCCAGUUUGGGACGACAGUGUGAACUGAGUGUGGAACAUGACCUUUGUUACAAAUGCUCCAGUUCCGAUUUUUAAACUUCCUUCUGUUUUUUUAAUCUUGUCCUGAAAGAACCAGGUUCAGAUGGGAGUCUGUCCCCCACCCCCUCAGUUCUUGCAAGUAGCCUUUUCUAUACCUCCUUCAUUGAGGACUCAGGAAAGUAGGCUUUAUGCAAUACUACCUACUUGAGUGGAUACUAAACCUUGAUGAAAUGGGCACUUAUGGGUUUUCCACUGUUCCUUUAUCAUGGGAAUCUUUUAAUUCCUCCUGUCCUUCAGUAUUUACUUUCCUCUGUGACCCCAAACACUUCAUGUUAAGGAUACUUAAGUCAAACGCUAUAUGCAUAGUAAAUCUUCCAGCACUGGUGGCCAAAUGUAUCACCAUCCACUUUCAGCUUCUGUUGGCCUAAGUGCUGCUCCUCAUCCAGGUCUGCUGUAUAUCAGAGCCAUAGACAGUGAUUGAUUAGAGCAAGAUGUUUAUAUACCAAAUUCUAGGACGUGAUGUCUGAGUCUAUAAACCUAUAAAAUAUUGUGCAGUCUUGGGAAUGAAAAAUCUAAGUGCUCAAAGUUCUACAUGUUUCAGUCAAAGGACGUAUUAAAUUAGUGAAAAGCUAUCUUUUCUGGGAAGUUUGGCUGCAUUGAUUUUAGUUAUAUGUUGAAUUCCUAACCUGAUGUUUUGUUUUUGAGAUUAGAUUUGUUAGUUAAGGUUAAUCAGAUCUCUUUUCUUUUGCUCUAUGGAGUUAGCACAGAAAGAAGGAAACUAGUGUAUGGGUUUGAGGCAGAUUCACAAUGUAAAUGGAGGGAAUCCAUUUUCUGAAAUUCACCUUUUUUCCAGAUUGUGUCUUGACUGUUUUAAAAUUAGAGUGGAGGAAUUAAGGGGAAAAUAUUGCAUUCAUUAGUAAGAGGUGUAGUCACUACAGUUGGUGGUGGGAUUUUAAGGAAUAUUAUGCAUAAAGUUAAGUUUCUGGGUAGAAAGGUUGGUUUCUGACUUGAUCACUCUGACUUGCAUUUAAAACUUGGUAGAAAAUUUAAUCUAUUUUUAAGCUUUUUAAAAUUCUGCCUCUACUGUCCUCUUACAGCUUUAAGAUUGGCACCAGUCACUGCAUGGAAACUUUGCUGCUGCACAAAGUGGCCAGCUGUAACCUUUCUGCCUUUGUCUAGAACAUGUAGAUUUUCUCUGUGGUCGAACCAGAUUUCUUCUCCAAAUUCAUCUUGUUUAAACUCUCUGACUGACAGCAGCUCUAUAUGCAAUUCCCUGUAGCUGGCUAAGUACUUUUUUAUAUCUAUCAUAAAGACCUGCUUUUAUAUGGGAUGUUCCUUGUUCAGAAUUCUUCAGUGGGAAACAAAAUGUGAGAACGGGUAUUCGACUUCAAAUAAGAGUAAAGGAAAAUCUCUUAAAAUUCCUUUUUGAGAAACUCUUAUAUGCAACAUAUUUAUACCACCAGAGUGAAUUUCCUGUAUUUUUAUAAAUCUAAAACCCUUGACUACUUUUGGUCACUAAAGAUUCCUUUGCAUUUUUUGCAAAACAGGGUUUUGGCAAUUAUGUCUUGCCAUAUACUAACUCAGGUAAAUACAUUCUGCCUCCAUAUAGUCUCUGCCAUUUACAGUCAAUAAAUAAUUCUUAACUUCUCCUUCAUCAGAUGUGUGGGAAUAGUGCUGGUGGCGCAGGAUGGACACAGUUACAUACAGUGAGAAUGGUAUUUUUGUAGUGGGUGGAGUGACCUCUGUUUGAAGAGUUUAUAAAAGCACUUGGUGAUUUGGGAUUAUAGGUGCUAUGUAAACAUAAGGGAUUAUCUCUUUACAAGUCUAAAGUAAAUGUGCAAUUUCUUGUGAACAUGUACAUUAUGCAGGUCUGGCCCAGCCUAUGUGGUGUCCCUUCAAUGCAAACAAUCAACCUUCAGUGCAAUAAAAAUAUCCCAGUGUAUUUUUCAUCUGAAAUUGUGUGUAUAAAAUAAUUUUACAUCUGCCUAUAUAGAGUUAGGAAUUCCUUUGCAGUUUGUCAGAUUCAGAUGCAGAUAUUUUGCACUUAACAACAAAAAAGAACGUCUUGCUCUCUUGCAAGGUGUCUCCCUUCCCCAGUGGAGAAGAAGGGGUCAGAAAGGACCCAACUGUGUGCAAUGGCAAGAAAGACAACUGACUCAAAUAUGUGUCCAAAGCAAUAAUACUUCUCAUUGUUUAAGCUGCAAGUGCUCCUGUCAUGACCUUGGUGUAAAGGAUACAAGAUAUGGUGGGACAGUCAGCCUUUUGAAGUUUCAACCACUAUCUCAUUACACUCCUUGCCUCUUCUAGUUGUCAGAGUUUGGGAUGCAUAACUCCCUCCACAGCAAAAUGAGACUGUAACCCUAAUUAGCAUAUGUGUUUGUUUGUUACUAUUGUACAAUUAGGGUGCAAGAAAAAAUGUAGGACCAAGGGAGCUCAAAUUAAUCUUCUUAAAACUGUAACAUUCAGGCAACUGGGCAGAAGUAAUGUUCUGUGACUUAGGAGUCAGUAGGUUUCAGGAAACUGGCUGCAAGUGCUUUUGUUUUGCUAUUGCUGUGUUCUUCCUGGUAAAUUGGACCAAAUGGAUUUGAAGCACUGGAAUGGGUUACCUAGGGAGGUGGUGGAAUCUCCGUCCUUAGAGGUUUUUAAGG